AUGUCAGCUACAAGGACCAAUGCAACCGUUCCAUGGCUCUACAAUAUCACUGUAGAGGACAGCAACUGGAUCAUCACCAGUGCUUUUAUGAUUUUUACUAUGCAAACAGGAUUUGGCAUGCUGGAAUCUGGAUGCGUUUCAAUCAAAAACGAAGUUAACAUCAUGAUGAAAAAUGUCGUCGAUAUUGUACUGGGAGGAUUAACAUACUGGAUAUUCGGCUUUGCCGUGUCCUUUGGCAGGAGCGAAUUCAACAACGGAUUUAUUGCCUUGGGCGAUUUUUGCAUCGACCCGUCUGCGGAUAAUCCCCUGAAGGGUGCCAUUUUUGCUGCAUUUCUGUUCCAGCUUUCCUUCGCCACCACUGCUACUACCAUUGUGAGCGGCGCUAUGGCUGAACGGUGCAACUUCAAGGCUUAUUGCAUGUUCAGCUUCUUCAACACUAUAAUCUACUGCAUUCCGGCCGGUUGGAUAUGGGGAGAGCAUGGCUUCCUGAAGAAGCUGGGCGCAGUGGACAUAGCGGGUUCUGGAGCUGUUCAUCUGCUCGGGGGCAGUGCCUCCUUAGCUAGCGCCUUAAUGCUGGGGCCUCGCUUGGGAAGAUACGAUAAUGGGCAGGGCCCAUUGCCUUUGGGCAAUCCGGUAAAUGCUGUGAUGGGGCUGUUUGUGCUCUGGUGGGGUUGGCUGGCGUUCAACUCAGGCAGUACCUACGGUUUAAGUGGGGAAAAGUGGCAGUACGCCGCCCAAGCUGCCGUCACCACAAUGAUGUCCUCCUUUGGGGGCGGCACGGUCAGCAUUUUGUACACGAUGAUCCGAUUGGGCGGGCGAAUUGAUGCUUUGGAUAUCAUCAAUGGGAUUUUGGGCUCACUGGUCUCAAUCACGGCGGGAUGCUUCUUGUACCAAGGAUGGGAAGCCCUGAUUAUCGGUGUGAUCGGAGCUCUUUUGGUCUGCACUUCUAUGCCUCUAAUCGACUCGAUAAAAAUUGACGAUCCUGUUGGGGCAAGUGCUGUGCAUGGCGUAGGCGGAAUAUGGGGCAUCCUAGCGGUAGGAAUAUUCGCUCAAAGUCCCGAACCUCUUGACACGACCAACGGGAGAAAUGGCCUCAUAAAAGGUGGUGGUUGGUACUUGAUGGGCGUGCAAGCCUUAACAGUGCUGUGCAUUGGGUCAUGGGGAGUUUGCUCGACUAUACUGAUGUUGUGGGGCAUAAACAAAAUGAUCCCCAUUCGAAUGGAUGUACAUCAAGAACUGCUAGGGGCUGAUAUUACUGAGCAUCUGGUGCGACAUUCCCAGGUGGGUGUUUCGCGUGCUUUAUCAGCCUUUCGAGCUGUGUUGGACACCAAAGAGGCUGACAACCUGAAUUCAGUUGGCACCAAUCCCUUUCACGAAAAACACUUGGGCCUGGUAAAGCUUCUGGCGCUGAAAAGACGCCGAUUGUCCAGAAUUUCCCGAAUUGUAUCCAGAAACCAAAACCUGGGUGUGAAAAAGGUGAAAUGGAUAUUUCCGAAAUGGAAACAGUCUGUAAAGGACGCUGCAAAGCAGGAUAUUGCCAGCAAGGAGGGAGUUACUUUGGCUUGGGUGCACUAAAGCCAGUUGGCUUCAUUUAGUUUGUUUAACCACGCUGUUCUUAAGGAACACUUCACGGAAUCUUAAGUGUUGAUCAGAUUUGCCAAUCAACUGCACUUCACCACAUCAGUUUUUUUGUUUGCCACAAAAGGACAGUCAGAAUUCCGCGCAAAACCUUCAAUUUCUGGUUUUUGCGUUUGCUUCCAUGAAGCUCCGCAUCUGCUGGAAAUAAACUUGCUGCUAAAUCUGAAGCUAAAACGGUGGCCCAAUGAACUGUUCAAUCAAGUAGAGAUGUUGAACAUGAACCACAAAAACAACUUCAAUCACAUUUCCCAAUAUAUAAGAAUCACACUAUCUAUUCAAUGGGUACUUGAGGUGCUUUUGCAUCAAUGUCGUCAACGUUAUCACGAUAGGCCCGACUUAUAAGUGAAGUUCAGACACUUUAUUGCGUUGCAGACUUUAGUAAGUAAAUUGCUUUAGACCGAAAUGAUUGCUGUUCGAGUGGGUUUUUUUGCGUUGGUGGCGCUUCUGUUAGCCUUUGCUGUAUCGUCAGAAGAUGCCUAUGAAGCAGCACCAAUAAGAAGCCUGGUUGAUAAUCUGGUCAAUGAGACAAUCACUAAGUUGGUGGCGGAAAUACCGGAGCCAAUUAACCUCACCAGUGGUCUGGCUGUGACGCUGGACAACGAUGUUAUCUCAGGCUCUGCAAAUGUCUCGGACCUGGUACUAUCCGGAUUGGCGUCUUUGGUGGCUUCCAAUAUCACUACCACUCUUCUACCCACAACUUUGAACGCCACCCUGCAAAUUCCGAAGCUUUCCCUCAAUACUAAAUACAAUGCCGAUCUUCUGAUCGCUUCUCUUGUCCCAGCUUAUGGACACGGACGUGUUGGCGUUUCCCUCGAGGAUAUCGAAUUAAUGGUUGCUGGCGGUCUGAAUAUAACUGACGGCAUUAGUUUAUCUAAUGUGACUAUUGCAAUAACCCUUGGAGAGGCGGUGUUUGAUUUGCACGGGCUUUUGGACAAUGACGAGUUCAGUGCUUUGGUCAGCGAAGUGCUCACUGAUAACGUGGCUGAGUUCCUGACUGAGUACAAAGAUGCAAUCAGCGACUUAAUCAGCCCCAUUGCUGGUGAAAUCAUUAAUGAGAUUCUGAGUUCUGCUUCAAAUAGCUCUGCUGUUGUACAGCUGAAGGAGCAUCUUGAAUCAGUUGUCUAGCAAGAAAAAAAAUCACCGAACUAUUGAGUAAAGUGGUUGCGUAUUUAA